UCCCCUCCCUUUCCUGCCUCUGCUGUCCAGCCGAUAAAUGUCCAGGAAUAUGCAAACUCUUCCCCAUUCUGUCCUGAGGAAAAAGGAAGCUUCCGCAAUUCCUCCAGGCAGAUGCUGUUGGAGCUGUAGUUCUGCUCAGGCUCUGAGAGGGAAGGGAAAACAAACACGCAUUGAAGUGUGGACAAGCAGGCAACAGGAAACCUGCCCACCAUGGAGAAAAACAACACAAUGGUUCCACUUACUUCAGAUUUACUUAAUAAGAAGGAGACAGUGUGCAUUUUUGGCACAGGAGAUUUUGGAAGAUCUCUCGGAUACAAGAUGAUGCAAUGCGGCUAUUCUAUAGUAUAUGGAAGCCGAAAUCCUCAAGCCUCUGAACUGAUCCCGGAAGGUGCCAUAGUCUCAUCGCAUGCAGAAGGAGCACAAAUGGCCAACGUAAUCAUUAUUGCCAUGCACCGAGGACACUACAACUUUCUUGAAAGCCUAAGAGAAGUUCUCCAUGGGAAAGUACUGGUGGAUGUGAGCAACAACCUCAAAACAAACCAGUAUCCCGAAUCCAAUGCUGAAUAUCUUGCCCAGUUGAUGCCAAAUAGUAAAGUGGUGAAAGCAUUUAACACGGUGUCAGCUUGGGCUCUGCAGUCAGGUAGGCUGGAUGCAAGCAGACAGGUGUUUGUCUGUGGAGAUGACAAGUCAAAAGACAAAGUGAUGGAGAUUGUUCGAAGCCUUGGUCUCACUCCAGUGGAUAAGGGCUCUCUUUUGGCAGCAACGGAAAUUGAGAAUUACCCUUUGCAGCUUUUUCCAAUGUGGAAAUACCCCAUCAUCCUCUCUCUUGGCCUCAGUGCAUUUUUCUUAGUGUACUCCAUAAUCCGUGACAUAGUCUACAAUUCUGUCGAGAAAGGCAAAGAUUUUUCCUUCUUUAUUGCCAUUAGCAUCCCAAAUCGGAUUUGCCCUGUUGUGGCACUCAUCCUUCUCGCUUUGGUUUACUUACUUGGGAUCUUUGCUGCUGUUCUCCAGUUAUACAGAGGCACCAAAUACAGUCGUUUCCCAAACUGGCUGGACAAGUGGAUGCUUUGUAGAAAACAACUUGGCUUGGUAGCUCUGGCAUAUGCCUUCCUACAUGUUUUGUAUACACUCGUCAUCCCUAUUCGAUAUUAUGUAAGAUGGAGGAUUGCUAGUAAUACCCUUGACCAGGCACAUAACAACAGAACAGAUCCACUGAAUAUAGCGAAUGCCUGGCUUAGUGACUCUUACGUUGCUUUGGGUAUCUUGGGGUUCUUUCUGUUCGUUCUCCUAGGAAUCACAUCCUUGCCUUCUGUCAGCAACAGCGUCAACUGGAGAGAGUUUCGAUUUGUCCAGUCUUACCUGGGAUACCUUACACUGAUCUUAUGCACUGCCCAUACGUUGGUCUAUGGUGGGAAAAGAUUCUUGCGCCUUUAUACAUAUCCAUGGGGUCUUCCUGCCAUGUAUAUACUCUCCCUUAUCAUCCCUUGCAUUGUAUUGGUCAUGAAAUUUUUCCUAGUACUGCCUUGUUUAGAUAGACCGCUAACUCAAAUUCGACAGGGAUGGGAGCGGAAAAGCAAAUACGUAAACCAUGUAAACAAUGACGAAACAAUGAAAGAAAGCUCAGCAGUAUAAUCUUUUAGCAAUUGCACAAAAAGAAUGUAUAUUCAUGUCUAUACUAACACAACAACAAAUAAACUAGUGGUGCUUUAAAGGCUAACAAAGUCUAUUUGCCACAAGGUUUUGUUGAGUGUAACCCAUUUCAUCAGAUGUGCACCUCAGGUGUGUGUCUAAAACACUUCAAAAGGGCCAAAUAAUAAGUGACUAAGGCACAUUACAACUGAGUUUUAAACAUUAAAUAAUUACCUGCUAAAAUAAAAAACCAGCAUUGGUAAUUGUUCAUCGGCAUCUUGUCCAUGUUCUCUCCUUUUCUUGCUUUCAGAAUGAAAGAAACCACCAACUAAUAAAGAAACCUAGUUUGCGGUGGAAUCAGAUAUUAUAAGGCUCAAUAUAUCAACUAGAAAUAAGUCUAUGGUAUAAACUAUGACAAUAAAUCAGUUUAGGGUAUGGUUUUGAUUCCAUUUCCUGAAUUGUGGAGGUAUUAUAGAUUAUAGAAUUGUCUAUAGCUUUCAAAUGUAAGCAUCCUGUAUGGACAUUGUCUGAACUAUACACAUGUUGAACAGCACAUGGGAAAAUCUGCACAUUUUACAGACACUACCUAUAGGAAAUCUAUUUUAAGGAGGUAGUUACCCAUGAUUGGAUGGAAAGCUGGACUAUAAUUUUACAAUACAAUCUAUUUUGUAGAGCCAUGCACACUGAAAUUAAAACUGAAGCUGCAAGGCCAUUAAAUGCUAAUCAAGGUGGCCAGCUGCAACAUUCACACUUGCCUCAGACAGACAAGAGUUCUUUCUCCCACCCUAGGCAUUCCACGGAUAUAUAAACCCCACUUGCCUAGUUUCAAACAGACCUCACAACCUCUGAGGAUGCCUACCAUAGAUGUGGGUAAAACGUCAGGAGAGAAUGCUUCUGGAACAUGGCCAUACUGCCUGGAAAACUCACAGCAACCCAGUAAAACAAUACUUUAUUUAAACUAUGGCUAUGGGUGUGAAUUGGACUGCUCAGUUCCUUUGUACUAAAAUCGAAACAGUAGCCAAUUUAUUAUGUCAUUUAAAAGGAAUUUCCUUGUGUAUAUAUUACUGUGGUUCACCUACUAUUGGAGAAUGGUCUGUACAUGAGGUUAUGAAUCCUAAACCAGCAGUUUGCAAGUGAUUCCUUUCAAACUUCAUCAGAUUGAUUACUAUUGUGAUCCAUUGCUUUCGUUCAAAUUUUUCAGAUCCAAUACUACAACUAUUCAUUGCUGUACAAUACUGUAUCGCUACCAUCUUUAUUUUCAUGUCUAAUGUUUCCAUGUACAAAUAUUUUUCAUACUCAGAUUUUUGGUUUUUUAUAACAAGGAUUAUCACAAUAAAAGAAACCUGUUUUAAGAA